AUGGAAAAUAACGAGUACUUGGAAGCCCUCGCACCUUUUCAAGAAGGUGUGCCUGCGUGGGACCUGAAUCUUAACAAGGAAAAGUAUCUGCUGAAGGAUUCGAAAAAGAAUGAGUUCGAUCUAGAAGGCACUAUAAAGAGAUUCCAGCACUUGUUAAACCUGAGCGGGCUGUUCCGACAUUUCAUCGAGCGUAAAGCCGCAAAAGACGCCAAGUUUCAGCGAGUUUUGAGCAUUUUGGAUAAUCCAACAGGAGGAAAACGCUCAAAGAACGGUGUUCAUCACGACGUUAGAAGAAGGAAAACGGAGAGGGAAGAGGAUGCAGAACUCCUGCGAGAAGAGGAAGAUGAGGUUGAUGGGGAAAUUGAUUUCCGUUUCAAUGAAUCACCACCUUUCGUCAACGGAUCUCUCAGACCGUACCAGAUUCAAGGUGUCAACUGGCUGGUGCAAUUGCACAAGAACAGUCUCGCCGGGAUUCUAGCAGACGAAAUGGGUCUCGGAAAGACACUACAGACUAUUUCGUUUCUGGGAUAUCUGAGGUACGUGGAAAAAACCCCAGGCCCGUUUUUGGUAAUCGCUCCAAAGUCAACAUUGAAUAAUUGGCUCAGGGAAAUAAACAGGUGGACUCCAGAAGUCAAAGCUUUUAUUCUACAGGGUGACAAGGAGGAAAGAGCCAAAUUGGUCACUGGAAAGCUUCUGGCAUGCGACUUCGAAAUCGCCGUAGCAUCCUACGAGAUCAUCAUCAAAGAAAAGAGUUCGUUUAAAAAAAUCGAUUGGCAGUAUAUUGUGAUUGAUGAAGCGCACAGAAUCAAGAAUGAAGAAUCCCUCCUGUCGCAAGUCCUAAGAGAAUUUACCUCGCGUAAUAGACUUCUUAUCACCGGAACUCCGUUACAAAACAAUUUACAUGAGCUGUGGGCUCUGUUGAACUUUCUACUUCCAGACGUUUUUUCUGAUUCCGAAGCUUUUGAUGAUUGGUUUUCCGCGGAAUCGACUGAAGAAGACAAAGAGAAAGUUGUCAAACAAUUGCACACUGUUUUACAACCAUUUUUACUUCGUAGGCUGAAGAACGAAGUAGAAAAAUCCCUUCUACCUAAAAAAGAGCUGAAUCUUUACAUCGGUAUGUCCACGAUGCAGAAAAAAUGGUAUAAGCAGAUUUUAGAAAAAGACAUCGAUGCUGUGAAUGGAUCUAAUGGAGUCAAGGAAUCCAAGACCAGACUUCUUAAUAUUAUGAUGCAGCUCAGAAAGUGUUGCAAUCACCCUUAUCUUUUUGACGGUGCCGAACCGGGUCCCCCAUAUACUACCGAUGAGCAUUUGAUCUACAAUUCCGCGAAAUUGAAAGUUUUGGAUAAGCUUUUGAAAAAGUACAGGGAGGAAGGGUCUCGUGUGUUGAUUUUUAGUCAGAUGUCUAGGGUCUUAGACAUCCUGGAAGAUUACUGCUUUUUCAGAGAAUAUCAAUACUGUAGAAUUGACGGUUCCACGGCGCAUGAAGAUAGAAUUGAGGCGAUCGACGAGUACAAUGCUCCCGAAUCUAAGAAAUUCGUGUUUUUACUAACAACUCGUGCUGGUGGUUUGGGUAUCAACUUGACAACGGCGGAUGUCGUUGUUUUAUUUGAUUCCGACUGGAACCCCCAGGCUGAUUUACAAGCUAUGGAUAGAGCUCAUAGAAUCGGGCAAAAGAAGCAGGUUAAAGUCUUUAGACUAGUAACUGAUAACUCGGUUGAGGAGAAAAUUUUGGAAAGAGCUACUCAAAAAUUGAGAUUAGACCAACUGGUCAUUCAACAGGGAAGAGCUGCAGCAAACAGUAAGGAAAUAAAGAAAAAUGAUACGAAAGAUGCUCUAUUGACCAUGAUUCAGCAUGGUGCUGCAGAUGUGUUCAACUCCAAUAGUGAAGCGUCCAGUGGCAAGGGCACACCACAACCCAAUUCGGUCGGUGAUGUUGACGGAGACCUUGAUUUAGACUCCCUGCUCUCUAAAUCCGAAGAUAAAACGCAGUCUUUAAACCAAAAAUACGACUCGCUUGGGCUAGACGAUUUACAGAAAUUCAAUCAGGACUCGGCUUACGAAUGGAAUGGACAAGAUUUUAAGAAAACCGUUCACAAGGAAAUCAUAAGUCCCAGUCUUCUGAACCCUACGAAGCGUGAACGUAAGGAAAAUUACAACAUCGAUGGAUACUACAAAGACAAAUUGAACCCCGGUAGAUCCACCACACCUGCUCAACCGCGGAUGCCAAGACCGCAGCCGUUCAACAGUCAUCAGCUUCUUUCGCCUCAAUUAAAAGUUCUCUAUGAGAAAGAAAGAAUGUGGAACACGAAGAAGAACAAUUAUGUGCCCACAUUGGACGAUGUUAAGACCACAUUCGGAGACAUUGCGGACGAAGAGGAGAAGCAAAAGAAGUUGAAAUUACUGCAAAUGUCCGUGAGCAAUGCACAACCGCUGAGCGAAGAAGAAGUGAAGCAAAAGGCGGAAUUGGAGGCGGAAGGUUUUGCGAAUUGGAAUAAGAACGAUUUCCGUAAAUUCAUAGCAUCUUGUGGCAAAUACGGUAGAAAUUCGAUUAAGGCGAUUGCUUUGGAUUUCGCGCCACACAAAUCCGAGCAAGAAGUGCGGGAUUACGCCAAAGCUUUUUGGGCCAACGUGCAGCGUGUGGAGGACUACGAACGUUACAUCAAAAACAUAGAAGCGGAAGAGGAAAGAAUCAGACGCACGAAACUGCAACAGGAAUCGCUUCGCCGCAAGAUCGCACAAUGCACCAACCCGUUGUUCGAUCUGAAGCUCAAACACCCUCCUUCCAACAGCAAUAAGCGAGUUUUCUCGGAAGAAGAAGACAGGUUUUUGUUGCUGAUGCUGUUUAAGUACGGGAUCGACCGCGAAAACGUGUACGAGCUGAUCCGGGACGAGAUUCGCGAUUGUCCGCUGUUUGAGCUUGAUUUUUUCUUUCAGAGCCGUACGCCCAUUGAGCUGAACAGACGAGCGAUUACGCUGUUGCAGUGUUUGGAGAAAGAGUUCAACGUUGGCGUGGUGUUGGAUGAUGAGAUGAAGCAGCGUUUGAAAGAGGAGGAUCAGUUUGCACAGGCUCGUCCAGCAGAAGACGACAUCGAUCCGGAACCAAAACUGAAUGGUAACGUUGGCGUGACGCACAGUGUUGAUUCCAGUGCCAAACGUGAACUUUCUGGUGACGUUGAGGACCCAGCAGUGAAAAAAGCCAAAAUUGAUGUUUGA